AUGGAAGCUCCUGUCUCACUCUCUGCUGCCGUUUCUACUCCUGCAGCUGCCGCCGUGUCUACUCCAGCUGAUUCUGCAGCAGCAGCUGCUGCUGCUGCUACUGCUGCUGCUGCUGGUAGAAUCGCUGGUUCGACCCACAACGCCACCCCUGCCGUUGUCGCUGCUUUUGAAGCCACACGGGCACAGGGAACACGGCCCACACAACCUGUGGUUCAUCCUGCACGGCCGCUGCUAAUGGCCCAGGCAAUGCCAAGCGGCACCCAAAGAAGGGAGCUGGGCGUGGAACGGCGGCCCAUACACCGCCGCAGCGCCACGGAGAAGCGUAGACGACACCGAGUCAGCGCGGGGAUAAAGCAACUAGAGAAAGCCAUUCCUGCAUCGUGGCUGCGCCAGCAGUGCUCCACCAACCUGGCUGCACGGACGGAUACAGCGUCGCUGCUUCACGCUGCUGUUGCUUUUAUCAAACAGCUGGAGGUGAGGCGGAGCCUGUGCUUUCGAAGUGCCAUAAAGUUUGAUACUUGCGGUGUGUGA